GUUCUCACUUGUCUCUUGUAUAAUAGUGCUUUAUAUUUCAGGUUAUUUGCCAAUAAGCAUUAAAAAUAACCAAUCAUGGCAUCUGCCAUAGCUCAGCACGCUAAUGCCAAGGUUGUGAGCAGCCUCAGGCGUGUUUUUGUUGUUGGAGUUGGGAUGACAAAAUUUGAGAAACCUGGACGUCGAGAGAACUUCGACUAUCCUGACAUGGCUAGAGAAGCUGUCACCAAAGCUCUGGCUGACUGCAGACUACCCUACACAGCUGUGGAACAGGCUGCUGUGGGAUAUGUCUAUGGCGACUCAACAUCUGGACAAAGAGCUCUGUACGAGAUUGGACUCACAGGAGUGCCUGUCUACAAUGUCAACAACAACUGCGCCACUGGCUCCACUGCUCUCUACUUGGCCAGAAAUCUCAUCCAGGGAGGCAUGGCUCAGUGUGUCCUGGCGCUUGGCUUUGAGAAAAUGCAGCGUGGUUCCCUCUCGAGUGUUUUUGAAGAUCGCGUCAACCCCUUGGAGCGCCACGUCAUGCGGAUGGCCGAGUCAUGUGGUCUAGAGGGUGCCCCCAUGGCAGCCCAGCUCUUCGGAAACGCUGCCAAGGAGCACAUGAAGCGUUAUGGCACCUCGCCUCAACACUUGGCAAAAAUUGCAUUCAAGAACCAUAAGCACAGCGUUAAUAACCCUUACUCUCAGUUCCAAACUGAGUACAGCCUGGAGGAGAUAGAAGGUUCUGCUAAAGUGUUUGACCCGCUGAGCAAGCUUCAGUGUUGUCCCACCAGCGACGGAGGCGCGGCCGCUGUUCUGGCCUCAGAAGAAUUUGUGAAGCAACACAAGCUGCAGGACCGAGCUGUCGAGAUCAUCGGCAUGGAGAUGAGCACAGACCUUCCUUCUACGUUUGAAGGCGACAUAAUGAGACUGGUGGGAUACGACAUGACCAAAUCGGCGGCACAAAGGCUCUACAGCAAGAGCGGUGUUGGUCCCCAGGACGUCCAAGUGGUGGAGCUGCACGACUGCUUCAGCGCUAAUGAGCUCAUCACUUACGAGGCCCUAGGUUUGUGCGGUGAAGGCGAGGCAGGUCGCUUCAUAGACGCAGGCGACAACACGUACGGGGGGCGCGUGGUGGUCAACCCGUCCGGUGGCCUCAUCUCUAAAGGCCAUCCGCUCGGCGCCACGGGGAUAGCACAGUGUUGUGAACUGUGCUGGCAGCUGCGUGGUGAAGCAGACAAGCGCCAAGUUGAAAACGUGAAAGUAGCUCUGCAGCAUAACCUUGGACUUGGUGGAGCUGUGGUUGUUUCUCUUUACAAAAUGCCACAGUUUGAUGGAGAAUCUAGUGACAAUGAGGACUUCAAAGCUGUGGAGGAGGUGUUUGAGGUGAUGCGAGCAGCGCUGGAGCGCGAUGGCAAGAAUCUUGUGAAAAAGGCUAACGGCAUCUUUAAAUUUGUGGUCACAAAACCUAGUGGAGGAGAAGAGACUUGGAUUGUUGAUGUCAAAAAUGGCUCUGGAAGUGUCACCCGAGGAGGUUCAGGCACAAGUGACGUGACCAUCACCAUGGCCGACUCUGACCUCCUGAAGCUGCUGCACGGGAAGCUGAACGCUCAGAAGGCUUUCUUCAUGGGACUCUUGAAGAUCAAAGGAAAUAUGGGCCUCGCCAUGAAACUGCCCGACUUCCUCAAGGAUGCUCAGAGUAUCAAGGCUAAACUUUAAGACACGUUAUUUUUCAAUAGAGGCAUCUUGUUCCUGCUUCGUGGUGCAAUAAAAUUUUGUGGCAACUGAGCUUAUUUAUAUAUUGUUUUGAUUGAUAUCUUUCUGAUGAAACACUGUUAAACUUUUGAAAAGUACGGUACUUGAUUUUUUUAUUCUAUGUAAUGUUUGGAAUUUUCCGACGAGGAGUUUUAAUGUCAAUCUUAGUGGGGUAUUGAGAUAUUUGCCAUUGUAUAACCAAACUUCUAUUUCUGUUGUACGCGAAAAAUUAUUUCCACGAUUUACAUUUGGGCCUGCAUUACUUCUAAUGUAGCGUCAGAGUAAAGUUUAAAUUUUUGUGCUUUCAUUCAUCUUUAACAGGCCAGGUAGUGAGAAAAUUUUUUAAUUUAUUUGUCCCGGCAAUUAUCCAACCAGAAACAUAACCAGAAAAAAACUCAUCGCAAAAAAUUUCAAACAUCCAGACUUCAUUUAUUAAAAUAGUUUGGAAAUUUAUUUAGUGAAUAGUUUUGAUUUGUGUUCUCCUGGAAACUUCAUCUUCCGUGUAACUUUCUAACCAAAAAACAUUAAACUUUAGCAAUUAUUGUAUUGUUACAAUGUUCGUGGGAUGAAAGUAAAUGUUGAGGUAACCAUGGUGUCUACUGGUAUAUAGAGCUUCUAUAAUAUAUUUUUAUACUGAAGUCCACUGCAUCUUGCAAGAGUAUAUUUUAGCUAUGUGUGAUUGGUGAGUAAAUCAUAUCAUUGUUUAAAUUAUCUGGUGUUCUAUAACAACACUAGGGUUUGUUUGUAUAAGUAAAUAGUUUUUAUUUAAUUUUUAAUUGACGCCUGCCUCAAAAAUGACACUGUAUUUUGGGUCGCAUGUGGACUGUUUUUAUUAAAGGACUAAUACGUCUUUAGUCCUCUUGCUCCAUCUUGUAGUUUGUAAGCGCAUCUUAUUUUUCCAGGAUUUUAAGACUUCAUUCAGGUAGAUUAAAUUCAUGGAUUGAUGCUAAAUAUUGUGUCCUUAUUCGCGUGAAAAUUUGUAUUCUGAUUUGCCUUCACGUUAUAUUACUGCUCUCCAUGCACAAAAGUCACGUGCUGUGAGCUUGCAUUGCGUCAGCUCUUGAAACUUGUUUACUCUUUUGAAAUCAUUAUUUACUCUUUCAUCCUGGACUCCUUACCUUGACCGGGAGUAACUCUCUAAACUGAAAGAGUCUUCAAUUCUUCAAAAGGUGCACCCUUUGUGCCGUAUCUAUGGGGAUUAGGAAUUUUUAAUUGGGGAGUAUAUGUUUGGUGGGAAUUCAGAACUUUGUUGUACACUUGUUGCUUUACAUUAAAAAAUUAAUCAG